UUACGUGAAGCACCGCUGAACUGUUCCGCCGAAACCAUUGAUGCAAAAAUGAAAUAAGCAGAAUGAAAAACGAAAAUGUCGAGGAGCAACAACAAACGGUUAUUCUUGAAUAAUCAGACGUUUUAGUGUACGAUGUUGAAGUCACGAAUGGGUCUUAUUCUGUAUUAUUGUGGUCUGUUGUACUUGGUUUUGCGAUUUGAAGAUGAGGUGUCCUCUAAGUUUCUCUCUGUAGCAUCAUGGGGCAGUGAGUAUCCCAGGAUUGAGGAAGUAAACGUUUCUCGGACCAGUCCUGCUAUAACUCCAGGAAACUCUCUGUUAACAGGUCACCCUGAAAGUGGCAACGAAAAGAAAAAAUUGCAUGGAAAUGGUUUAUUUCUGAACGAUACUUGUUUUAAACCAUUACAAACGCUUUUCCUAGUGGAAUCAAGCAUAUUAGCUCUCCCUCUCGCAUAUGCCAUAAUUACCACCUAUCCAGGGAGGUUUCAUUUCCGUGGCACAGCUGGAAAAGCCAUGUCAAGAUUCUGUCGAUAUUUCCUUCUGAGGCCCAGGAAAGAUAAAGUAGCAAGCAAUCUUGUACCUCUGACGGACAUUAUCUGGAAACUCUCGAAAGGCUUAGCUUAUUUAGCGCUUGCUAUUGUUUAUUUAUUUUUUCUGCUACUCACUAUUCUAAGGAAGUCGCUUAAGUUGUCAAGAAAAAAGACUAAACCUGUAUUCUGUGCAACGGGUUCUUUAUCGUUCUCGAGUCCAAAGAUCUUUACAAAACCACUGGAAACGCUUUUCAUCUUGGUAACACUCUUUGGUUCAGGGCUUUCGUCGCUGGAUCCGAGCAGGAACACUUCUUUAGAGACCGAGUUGUCAUUUUCACCAACGCCGACUUCAAGAGCAUCAACAGCUUUAUCAACAAAUGAGACAAAUUCACCGUCAUCAUUGCCUUUAUUUUUGCCAUCAUCUUCAGUAUUUUCUAACUCAGGGCCAUCCCUACGGUCUCAGUUUUCAUCAACGUUAUCGUUGACAGCAUCAAUGAUUUCUAAAACCUUACAAUCAUCGGAGCAAUCGUUAAUGCAGUCCGUAUCAUCAUCGCCGCCAAUAAUGACGUUGUUGUCGUCAUCUUCAACGCAAUCCCCUCAAGUAUUACAAUCACCAUCAGCUUCACUAUCGACACCGCUCUUACGGUCAUCGUCUUUUAUACCAUUCUCUACACCAUCGCCAACGCCACCAUCUCCAACCCUAACCCCAUCCCCAUUACUAUCAUCGACAUCGUCUCUACCACCAUCGUCCUUUCCUUCACUAUUACCAUUAUCAGUAUUAUCAUCAUCAUCACCCCCACCAUCAUCGUCUCAAGUACCAUCCCCCUCGGCAUCCUCAUCUCACUCUCUAUCGCCAUCUCUAACAUCAUUGCCAUUAACGCUAUCGCCACUGCUAUCAUCAUCGCAAACAUCAUCACAGGUACCAUCAUUACCAUUGCAAUCUCCAUCUCUGUCUCCCUUUCCGUCUUCGCCUCAUUCUCAAUCUCUGUCUUUAUCUCCAUUUUCAUCACAACCACCAUUCCCCUCACCAUUGCAAUCGCCAUCGCCAUCGCCAUCGCCAUCGCCAUCGCCAUCGCCAUCGCCGUCGCCGUCGCCGUCGCCGUCGCCGUCGCGGACGUCAUCGCCACCGCCACCACCAUCGCCAUCGCAAUCGCCACCGCCGGCGCCAUCGCCAUCGCCAUCGCCAAUGCCAUUGCCAUCGCCAUCAUCCUCCUCGUCACCACCAGCAUCAUCAUUUCCACCACUGUUGCCACUACUAUCGCCAUCUCCGUCAUCAUUUCCAUCUUUUUCUCAAUCUCCAUCGUCAUAUGCAUUUCCGUCUUUGUCUCAGCUCCUGUUUCUGUCUUCAUCGCGAUCACCAUCGCCAUCAUCCUCUCAGAAUACAUCACCAAUACGAUUUCUGUUCCCUUCAUUGUCGAUAGCACCUUCUACUUCUUUUCCGUCAUCAGCGCCAUUAUCUCUUCCUUUUUCUUCUCCACCUUCUAAACCGCUUCAUUCAUCGCUAUCACUAAAAUCAGAGACAAUUUCGAGGCAUUUACUGUCUUCAACAUCCUCCUCAAAGCUGUCCCUAUCGUUAUCAUCACGAUUUUUAUCCCUGAUCCAGAGUAAAUAUGUUGUAAUGAACUUAUCAGCCACAUUAACUUUAAAAUCGAAACACUCUUCGUUAAUACAUGCCAUCCGGCCAACAGGAUCGUUGAUGUUCUCAGUCUCUCAAUUGAUCUCUGCGAGUGUAAUGUCACAGACGGCUAACCGGACUUCUGUUCCAACUAAGUCAAAUGUAAUGAGCUCUAGAUCUGUGUGGUUGUCAGAGGCAUUUAUAUUAUCUUUACCAUUGAGAAGUAACACUUUACAAGAGCAACGAUCGAUAGUUUCUUCAGUUUCUCAAAUGGUAGCUUCGAACCUUACGUCAAGGACGGCUAAUUUAACUCCUUUGCUUACCAGCUCGAGACAAGUGGAAUCCGCGUCGUCCACGGUGUUAGCAACAAAUAUCCCGACUGAACCAAGUGCUCCAAAUGACACGAGGGUAAUUGAUGUGACGGUCUCGUUGAUAAAUGAGGAAUAUGACAAAGAUCUGUUGAAUGAAAGUUCAGCACGUUUUGUGAAUCUGUAUCAAAGGGUAAACUAUACGCUAUGGGAAAUUUUUUCUAACGAUGUGUCGGGCCUGAAGGAAAUAGAAAUACUUCGAUUCAGAAAUGGAAGCGUUCUGGUGGACUUUCGAUUGUUUAUGGACAGUACGUCCAAUACGACUAUACGUAGAGUCAAUGAAACCCUCUUGGGAAAAAAUGGUUCCAACACUGAAGGAUUCAUUUUUGGGAAAAUCCUCGUUACAGAGAAAUGUUCUGCUGGAUUCUGCGCAAAUGCAGGUAUUUGUGACGAUGGUACCAACGGUCCAGUGUGCAGGUGCAGCAAUGGAUUUUUGGGCAACAGAUGUACUCAAAGAGUAGAGCCUGUACAUGGAAACUAUUCAGAGUGGUCCGAGUUCACUGACUGCAGCAAAACAUGUGAAGGUGGACAGAAACACCGCAGGCGUACUUGUUCUAAUCCUUCUCCUCAACUUGGGGUUAACGACUGCGCAGGACUGGGACGGGAUGUGGAAUAUAUAAACUGCAAUAGCGACAUCCGCUGUCCAGUUUCAGCUGAGGUGUGGAUAGCUGUCGGAGUCGCCUGUGGUGUGUUUUUCUUGAUUCUUAUUUUUGUCGUCUUGCUUCUGCUACGAAGGCGAAGGAAACAGGCUGAACAAAGAAAUGGAAAAUCUGCAUCCAAUGAGUAUGAGACAAAUGGACACGGUACUGUUGUACCACUCGAAUUUAUCUACGAAGACAGAACAGUGCCUAAUGCCAGUCCUAAGGGGCACCAAAAUCCAGAAUUUAUUGGCGACGACGAUGAUGACAAUGAUAUUUACAAAGCUCAGUUGCUGUUAUUUCUCAAGCACUCACAUUUUAUUCGGAGUAAUCUUUACCCUGAAGAACAAGACAACAUAUCAGAUGCUUCAGAACAUUCUAAAACAAAUUCAAGAAAACAAUCUGCAGUAUACACGACCAACGGUAAAGUCCAAGAGGACGAAGACGAGCUGGCUGAUGUUAUGGAAAUAAAUCACGCCUCCAAAAGUGACAGCCAACUGUUCGCGCCACAACGAGAGGGGUUCCCUCCAACAACAGUCCUAUGACCUGGAAAUCAAAGUCUAUCUGCGAAAAGGUUUAUGGAAACUUAGGGUGGGUUACCCUGCAGGUAUUAGCCACUUUGCGUGUCGUCGUCGAACGAGCAAGAACUGUAAAAAAGCCCUUACCGUUUUAUAUGAACAUAGUAAACUUACUGCAAAAUACAAAGUCACUUGUGUUCGACUCUCUGAACGGAGGGGAACCUUCAAGGUCCCUUUAAUGCGCUUAAUGUCAAGUUGUGGGAUGAAAUGUUUGCGGCGAUCAAUUGUAUUUAGUGUUUUUUUAUAGUUAAGGUCAUUACAUUAUCAUCAUCAUAGUCAUAUCGAAUAUUUUCAGUUUUUUAUAUCAAUUUUUAAAUUAAAAGCCUUGUUUUCGCUAGCUAUUUAAGGAAACGAUUGUUCUUAGACAAGUUUACACGAAAAAUAAAUUGAAAAAACGAGUUGAAUUUUUUUGGAAUAAAAGACGAUUGUGGUUGACGUUUUCAACCAUUGACAUGUAACACAGGAAAAUAAUAUUUUCUAUAUUAACUCAAGAAUAGUCAUAUUCUACUUUGGAUGAAACAGGUCGGGAUCGUAUUCUGCGUUAAUGACAAAAUCUACUGGCCAAACUGGCCUUAUAAGUGUUAACUAAAUAUCGAUAUGCAACAGUCAAUAAACUCAAGUCCUUGAUACAACCA